AUGGAAACAAAGACUGCUCUAUUUAAUCCAUACAGAUUUGAACCAUACUCGGUGUCAUCCGCAAUUGUAGUUCCAAAAGAUGAUGAAACUAUGCUAAGAAUAACAGCAUUGCUGAUUUUAACUGGAGUGCAAGGGGCAGUUAGUCUGCUGUGUUAUUCAUGUUCGGAUUUAGAGUCAAAUGAGCUGUGUUUCAAUGUGGUGCAAUGUCCAGGUCUACAGAAAUGUUAUGGGCGGUCGGAUGGGAUGCUAGAUGGUCGCGUGACACACACAACCGGAGAUGUACCUCUGAACUCGCUGCGCCACGUAGGAACGCAACAACAGGAGGUUUUAAGUUUUGUGCGUCCACGUGUUCAGAUGAUCUCUGUAACCUGUAUGCUUGUUCACCAAGUAAGACUGAAAACUGUUGUGUUAGCUCAAAAGAUUUCCACAUAG